AUGCCUAAAUCCAAGACCCAGGCCCAGGCUCAGGCUGCGGACCGCCCAUUAAAAAAGACCGCCUCCUCCUCCAACAAGAACCCCACCGCCCCCAACUGGCCACCCCUCCGCCCGCUCCUCCCCGCCGCCGACCUGCAUCUCACCUCGCUGGUCCAAGAUCAGAUCUAUCUGAUCCGUAACUUUCUCCCCGCCACCCUCUGCAAGACCUACACGGCCUUUCUCUCAUCGUUACCGUUGACAACUACCCCGGGUCGACCCAAGAAGGAUGAAGCCGUACGGGUCAACGAUCGUUUUCAAAUAGAAGAUGCGCGGUUCGCAGAGUCAUUGUGGAGCGGAACGGCGCUGCGAGAAUUAGUCACGGAACGGUUCCGCGAAGACGACGACCUCGAGGACACCGACACCCACGGCGAAGACUCGAUUUCAGACCAGGACCACAAUGCAAUUGGACAGGCCAGCGAAUCUCAAUCGCAACAACUUCGUCAUACAUGGGGUGGAACACCGUUGGGUCUGAAUCCCAACAUUCGUAUCUAUCGCUAUUCCAAGGGUCAAUUCUUUGCGCAGCACUACGAUGAAUCCAAUGCUCUAACUUUCCUGCCCCCAUCGACCACGAAACCUCUCCCCGUGCGCACCACCUGGACCCUCCUCAUCUACCUCACCAAAUGCGAGGGAGGAGAAACCGUCUUCUAUCCGGACCCAACGCGGGCAACUCCCCACCCACCACCGAUCACCGUCGCUCCCGAAGUGGGCAUGGCCCUCUUACAUCGACAUGGAGAUCGAUGUAUGCUCCACGAGGGGAAGGAGGUGCUCGGGGGAGAGAAGUGGGUGAUCCGAAGUGACUUGGUGGUGAGCAAGCCAUAG